AUGGCAACCACCACCAUCACCAAGACUCCUCCAGCACACUCGCUGCUGCUGGAAGGUAGCGAUGUCCCGUCCUCUGAGAACGAUAGUACACGCUCGCCCACCGCACGGAAGUUCCGCCUCCAACAGUCGGUGGUGAUAGCCCAGCUGUCGGCCGUCACGCUUACCGCCAGUGUCAUCAAUGGGCUGGUCGUGGUCGGUCUGCCGACGAUCACCAAGGACCUUCAGCUGCCGUCCUCGCUCUCCUUCUGGCCCUCGUCCGUGAGCAGCCUGGCCACCGCGUCCACCCUGUUACUGGCGGGAUCCAUCGCCGAUGCUAUCGGCCCGCGGUGGGUUGAGCUUGUAGGCUCGUUCGCCAGCGGCCUGCUGAUGAUCGGGCAAGGGCUGUCUCGCAAUGGGGAUGAGCUGGUCGUGCUGCGCGCUCUACAGGGUGUCGGGCUGGCGUUCCAUCUCGCCUCGUCAAUCUCCAUCAUCACGCAGCUCCUGCCUCCCGGCCAGGGCCGCAACCUCGCCUUCUCAUGUCUGGGUCUCAGCCAGCCCCUUGGCUUUUCCUUAGGGUUGGUCGUCGGAGGCGUGCUCGUGGACACCAUCGGCUGGCGCGCGGGCUGGUAUCUGGCCGGUGGAAUCACCCUAUUCUUCGCGGUCGUCGGCCUGUGGGCUGUCCCGCAGAGUGAGACCCAUCGACACGCGGACUUGAUGCACAAUGUCAAGACGCAGAUCGACUGGGUUGGCGCCGGGCUCGCCUCGGCCUUCAUGGCGUUGGUGUGCUAUCUGUUGGCCAUCCUGAGCGCCGAUCCAUCUCGCAUCCGCUCCGCCGAAGCAAUCGUCAUCCUAUGCGUGGCAGCCGUCGCCCUCCCCGCGUUCGUCUACUGGAUGCACCACCAGGUCAAGCGGAACAAACCAGCUCUCAUCCCCAACUCUCUCUGGCGCAACAAGUCCUUCAGUAGCAUCAGCGUCACGAUCGCCGUUUCUAAUGCCGUGAUCAACUCCAUGGAACUAUUCGCCAGUUUAUACUUCCAAGAAAUCCAAUCCCUCUCGGCCCUGCAAGCCUCCAUCCGCAUCCUCCCCAGCCUGAUCAUCGGCAUCCUCAUGAACUUCGUGAUCGGGGUCUUCGUCCACCGCGUCCCAGCCUUCUGGAUUGUCACGGUAACCUCCAUCCUCUGCGCCGGCUCCCCCCUCCUCAUGGCCCUGAUCCAGCCUGCCUGGCCCUACUGGGCCAACGCCUUCAUCGCCCAGCUCCUGCAGCCCGUCAGCUUCGACGCCCUGUACACGGUCGGCCUGAUUAUUAUUACGGACAGUUUCCCGGAUACGACGCAGGCGCUGGCCGGCGCGGUGUUCAACACCUCGGCGCAGUUUGGUAGUGCGCUGGGCAUGGCGGUGUUGCAGGUGAUUUCGACGGUGGUGGCCGCGGAGAAUGCCUCGAAACAAGAGAAGCAGGCGCUGAUGGCUGGCUAUCGGGCAAGCUUUUGGACGAUGUUUGGGUUUAUGCUUGUUUGUACGGUCGUCGGGUUUGUGGGGUUGAGGAAGACGGGGAGGGUUGGGUUGAAACGGGAUUAG